AUGGCGGCGCUGCAGGCGACGAGUCUGGCAAAGGCGGGGAACCGCUCUGCACCUGGCGGAACCUCGGUGCCUUAUUUCGGAGGAUUAGUGCCACAGCUCCUCCGCCGCCCAGAUCUCCCUUUCCAGCCAAACCAGCCACAGCCCCAGAAUCACGACCACAUGCACGACCAACCCAAUCCCUUCGCGUCCGCGACCAAUCUCGCCAACCCGCAGGCCAUCCAGCAACAACAACGUCUCCUCCACUUCCAGCAGCAGAAGCGACAGUUUCUGGGCAACCUCUUCAAGAUCCACCUGCGCACGAACCGCCUUCCGCCGCAGCUUAUUGGCGUGCAAUAUCCCGAUGGUUUCGAUAUAAACCAGUCUAUCUGGAAGGGACUCGAGAUCUCCCCGCACGAUAUUGGCACCAUCCGGAUAGCAAACAGGGAUGUGGACCUGUACAAGAUGUGGAUUCUUGUGGUGCAGGCGGGUGGCCUCGCGAGGAUAGAAGAGUACAACUACUGGCCCGCCGUGCUCCGCCACAUGAACUUACCCGAACAACUGCCUGAACCCCAGCCCAACGGCCAGCAGUCGGUCUUGCCUGCUCUCAAACAAGCCGUGUCCAUGCUUCUGGGCCCGUUCGAGGAGGCUUAUCGCAAGCAGAACGGGGGGAUGCUGCCCAAUAUGCGCCCCAACCCCCAGCAGCUUCCAGGAAACGCGCAUAACGCAGGGUCCGUAAGCGAUAGUUUACCGGGUUCCUCCCAGAUGGGUGCGAUGCCCGGUAUGAGCACUGACUCGAACAUAAGCCUGGGAAGCAUGGGGCAAUCCAUUUCUACCCCGGGUUCCUUACACAGUCUUGACUCUGCCGCUGGGGUCUCCUCGGCCAGGCAAAUGACGCCCACUGGCCUGUCGCACACGCCGCAUAUCGCUCAACAAUCCACAUCUAUAGGCAUGAAUGCUUCCCAAGGCAUGCCUGCAUCAACGGCUUCCCUCUUGUCCGGAGCAAGCCUGUCAAACCGACCUCAUUCACGGGUGGGCAGCGUCUCACUGCCGGGUACUGGACAAGCCGCGAACGGAACCGACGCAGAUGCAGAAGGUCGUAAGAGGACGCGGGAACCGGAAGAAGCAGACGCAAAGCGCGUUAGACAGAAGACAGGUGGUUCAGACUCAUCAGACCUGCGGGCCUCUGUUGGUCUGGAUCGAAAUUCGGUACCCCCUUCUGGAACAGCAAACGGCCACGCUACACCUGUCGCAGCGGUACCGCGUACAAUCCGCGUGCCCUCGCGGAGAAAAAUCGAGUAUGUGCCCCUGUUGCGCGAGGACGACACCGCGGGUGGCAGGAACUUGGACGCAAUUCAGCAUGAGUUGAUCCGCGCCUCGCAUCGGCCGAUAAAAGACAUGAACGAAUGGGGCCAAGUCGACAUCGAGGCGCUGGCGCUGUCACUGCGCUCGCGCCUGGCGACGGAACUGAGCUAUGCGCUCAUGACCUUCACGAUGCUGACGCUCAUGCGUUUCCCUAAUAGUAAAGACUCGGGCUUUCCUAUUACAUAUGCUCCGGACCUCUUAGAGGAGGUGCUCGACAUUUUGGAAGACAUAGGGCUUGAGGGGGACGCGAGCGAGAAGCACGGGAGCAGCGACACAGCCCCUGCGACCGAGAAGCGCAUUCGGACUCACCGCGAGCUGGUGAACGCUCUAGUGGAAGAAGGAGCGAAGCCAUUUGCCGGCCUGGAGGCCAAGCAUGGAUGGAGGGAUCCCAAUAACGGGCCACGCCCCAGGUAUGGGGAGACUAUUUUGACCAUCUUGAAUAUUUUGCGCAACCUGUCCACUCUGCCUGAGAAUAUGGCCUAUUUCGCCAAGCACGAGAGACUUCUGUCCAUCAUCCUCCGACUCUGCGAAAUGGCACCUCUUGGAGCGGACUCGCUUCCGCGCCCAGCUUCACCUGCCCUGUCCCUCCAAGACCUGCUCACGCUUCGCAGAGAUGUCCUGUAUAUUCUAGUCAACAUCGCUGAACAUGUCGACCUCACUUCGUCUCCAGAGCAGGCUUCGGAAAAUGCCCGACAGGCGUUCGAGUUUCUGUCAUCUUACCUGUCGGAUCCGGUGGAAGCGGUGUCACCGUUCGCCUGCGUUGUGAUGAGCGGAAUUCAGCCCGUAAUGCACCAGCCGAAACCGCCAUCAUUGGCCGACGCAGCAUCGGGCAUAUUCGCACGGCUCUUCCAUCCCGACGACAAUCGCCGCGUGCUCUCUCAAGCCGUCCCGUCUGAAUGGCUCUGGCACAUGGUCGAGGCUCUCGUGCAUCGGCUGCCCGUCACGGAGAACGACUAUUCGGUGAUCAUGAACAUCGACUGGCUCAGCUACGUCGAGCGGAUCCUCCUCGCGUUGUAUGCGGUCGCGUUCCUUGCGCCGCCCUCGCUCAAGAAGCGUAUCAAGACGGAUCACGCGCUUGGGUUUGCCAAGGUGCUGCUGCGCAUGGUGAAGAAGUUCUCGAUCGGCGCGACACCGCAGGUCCGUGGGUACUUCCCGUAUGCCUUUCGCCGCGCGGUCGAGGUGCUCAAGCUCGUGGACGAUGCGGAGGAUUCGUUCGAUACGUCCCAGGCGGCGGCGCCGACGCUGAUGUUUGGCAUGGGCUAUGGCGAGCAUGGCGAGACUCGCGCCGAGAGAGGUAUGGGCCUGUUGAGCGGGUACCAGGACGUGCUCACGUGGGAGGUGAUGAUGCUCACGGAGGUCUCGCAGCAGAGCGAUACUACGGUGUUUACGGAGAUGGAGAGCUUGGUUAGGGUGGAUCGGUCUGCUGCUGUGUCUGCUUGA